UAGAAAGGGUUAGACAGCAGGGGAAACAAGGAAGAGCUGUGAGGGAGAGAAGGAACAGGAGUGCCCAAGGAGAGAGACAGAAGGGAGAUUUUCGCUUUGGAAUAAACACGUUUUGAUUCAGGACAUGGAGAGGCCAGAGAGCUCCCAUGGCCCUGGGAUAAUGGGGCUGCUGAAGACCUUUGACUCCUCGGAGUUUGGGAGCUGGGAAAAAAUUGGCUCUGGAGGGUUCGGGCAAGUCUACAAAGUGCGACAUGUCCAGUGGAAAACAUGGCUGGCAAUUAAGUGCCCUCCAAGUCUUCACGUUGACGAGAAGGAGCGCUCCGAGCUGCUGGAGGAGGCCAGGAAGAUGGAGGUGGCCAAGUUCAGGUACGUCCUGCCGGUGUAUGGGAUCUGCAGCGACCCCGUGGGGCUGGUGAUGGAGUACAUGGAGACCGGCUCCCUGGAGACCCUGCUGGCCUCCGAGCCGCUGCCCUGGGAGCUGCGCUUCCGCAUCAUCCACGAGACGGCGGUGGGCAUGAACUUCCUGCACUGCAUGACCCCUCCCCUCCUGCACCUGGACCUCAAGCCCGCCAACAUCCUGCUGGACGCCCACUACCACGUCAAGAUUUCGGAUUUCGGCCUGGCGCGGUGGAAUGGUCUCUCCAGGGCUGACGACAUCAGCCGGGACGGCUUCUGCGGCACCAUCGCCUACCUGCCCCCCGAGAGGAUCAUGGAGAAGGACAGGGACUCGGACACCAAGCACGACGUGUACAGUUUCUCAAUCGUCAUCUGGGGAAUACUCACGCAGAAGAAGCCAUAUGCAGAGGAGAACAACAUCCUGCACAUCAUGGUGAAGGUGGUGAAGGGCAUGCGGCCUGAGCUGACGGCCGUCCCGCGCUCCCGGCCCCCCGCCUGCGCCGGCUUCAUGGCUCUGAUGCAGAGGUGCUGGCAGGAGUCUCCCAGAGCCAGGCCCAGCUUCGAGGAAAUUACUUCGGAGGCCGAAGAGCUGUGCACCAAACCCCAGGAGGAGACUAAAGACCUAGUGCCUGAAGCAGAAGCCAGUCCAAACCACAGGCAGGACUAUAUCCAGCAGGUGCAGCAGAGCAGGCCGAAGUCCACCGCCCUGACCGAGAAGGACUACAGCCUGUCGGAACUGCUGAGUCAGAUCGACUCGGGGAUUUCACAGAGCUUCGACCGGGUCAAGGAGGACUGCGGCCAUUCCAAAGAGAACACCAGCAAGAGGUUGUCGGGGAUCUCGUCGGUCGACUCGGCCUUCUCCUCCCAGGGCUCCAUCUCCCUGUCCUUCGAAAAGGAAAAUGCUGCUGGAGACUCGGGCACCCUGGACGUGCAGAAGAAGAAGCUGUGCGAGGCCAUCAGGACAGAGGACAUCGCCAAGCUGAUGAAGAUCCUGCAGCCGCAGGACGUGGAUCUGCUGCUGGAGGGGGGCUCCAGCCUCCUGCACUACGCGGUUCUGCUCUCCAACGAAGAGGCCGUCAAGUUCCUGCUGCUCAGCAACGCCAACCCCAACCUGGCCAACAAGAGGGGCUCCACGCCGCUGCACCUGGCAGUGGAGAAGAAGCUGAAGAACAUCUCCGAGCUGCUCCUGGGCCGGAAGACCAACGUCAACGCCAAGGACGAGGACCAGUACACCCCGCUGCACUUCGCCGCGCAGAACGGGGACGAGACCAUCGCGAGGCAGCUGCUGGACAAGAACGCCUCCAUCAACGAGGUCGACUUCGAGGGCAGGACGCCCUCCCACAUCGCCUGCCAGCACGGCCAGGAGAACGUGGUGCGGGUCCUGCUGAGCCGGGGGGCCGACGUCCACGUCCGGGGGAAGGACAACUGGACGCCGCUGCACUUCGCCGCCUGGCAGGGCCACCUGUCCAUCGUCAAGCUGCUGGUGAAGCAGGCUAGCGCCAACGUGGACAGCCAGACCUCCGACGGCAGGACCCCCCUGCACCUGGCCUCGCAGAGGGGCCAGUACAGGGUGGCACGCAUCCUCAUCGAGCUGGGGGCCAACGUCCACGUGACCUCGGCCUCCCUGCACACGCCGCUGCACGUGGCGGCCGAGACCGGGCACACCAGCACCACCAGGCUCCUCGUCAAGCACAACGCCGACAUCGAAGCCAGGACUGUGGCCGGCUGCACUGCCCUGCACUUGGCCUCCCUGUUCGGGCAUCUGCCCACCGUCAAAAUGCUGAUCGAGGCGAAAGCUGACCCCUGCUGCACGGACCAUGCCCAGCAGUCCCCAUGCCACCUGGCGGCGGGGAAGGGCCAUUGCGACGUCGUAAACGAACUCCUCCUCCACUGCCCAGGAAGUGUCAACCUGGCGGACGGGCAGGGCUCCACCCCCUUGCACCUGGCAGCCCGGGAGGGCCACGCGCCCGUCGUCGGCGCCCUGCUCUCCCAUGGGGCGUCCGACAGCUGCCAGGACGCCAGGUCCCAGACUCCCCUGCAGCUGGCCAAGGAGAACGGGAAAGCUGGCGUGGUGAAGCUCCUGCAGAAAAAGAUCGUGAUCCUGAAGCUCACGGAGCAGGUGGACAGUGACUUCCCGGACUCCGGCGGUUCUCUUUGUGAGCGGGCAAGCUAAGGAUUCCCAGAGCCGGGCCGCUGGGCGGGGGGCGUCGCCGGGGCUUGUACAGAGCUGUCUUGCGAUUUCUGACUGCGUUAUGCUUUCAGCCUGACUGCUGUGUAAUCAGUCAUUUAAGCAUUAGGAGCAAAAAGGAAGAGAGGAUCAGAGGUAGCCCAAAUUAUAGGAGACAUACCUGUAUUAUGUACAUUCAGCAGUUCUUUUAUGGCUCUCAUAACUCAUAAAGCCAAAUGUAACAUUUCUCGGGGUGCAGCUGGGAAUCUGCUAUGGACUUUGAUGAGACUGUCCUCACUGCCUACAGUAUGAUAGCUAAUACUGGUAAAAGACAUGUGCAUAUAUAGAAAGAGGCAAGACUGCUGAUUUUUACAACUUAUGUUAAUAUAUUUUAUCCUCUUGUUUACUAUUUUUAUACUUUCUUUUGCACAUUUGCUUCAUAUGUACUGUAAAUACGCCCUUUGUAAAUAAUAACCCAUUACCUUCAAGUUAUUAAUGAUCCAGAUGUGUCUUCUCGACAGCCUGCAACAGAUGUGUGGAAUUUUACCUGCUCGGCACAGCCUGCAUCACGAGGACACAGCGGCCACCUGCUCUCUUCAGUGCUGCAGAUUGUUCUGAAAGGGUGAAAAAUAGGUCUGGUUUUGUAAUAUAAAUAGACACUCACUGAUCACUUGCCGUUACUACAAUAUGAACAACAUUUUACAUUUUCCCACUUUUCUAAAUGGACUCGACCAAGGCCGUCUGUAGCACGUUUGAAAUUGAAGAGAUGGAAGGCGUUCAUAGCAGACCGCAGUGGCUUAGAAGGACUCAAUCUAAUGUUACUGUCGCCCAGGAUUCUCCAUUGAUAAUUGUGCAGUUUCCUGCAUUAUCCUUUUUAUUUGUAGAGAAUACAGUGUUUGUAUGAGGUGAAAUCAUUUUAAUAUAUAUUUUCUUAAAAGUGGCAUGGCCUUUCAUUCCUACAGGAGUCAGAGUCUUUUUGAGAGGACCUUGCAUUUUCUGUACACAUUUGACAUCGUGUCUCCAGAACUUUACAAUAACACACCUUCAUGGUCAUAGACUGCAGUGCACUUAUAUUUGGAAUGAAAAUAAGCAGACGCUCACUUCCGGGCUACACAGUGACUACACCAAUGCACUGCCACUACGACAAGAGCUCCAUAAGAAAGUGGGAGGGAAAUCUAAACAUGUAAAGUAUACUGUUUGCUCUGUCUUUUUGUCUUACACAAAAUACUGUUACGCAUUUACAGUAAGAUUUAAGAUUUUGUGCACAGUGCCUCCAUUAAUACUGGAGAUCAAACCAGGAAUAGUGGAUGAUUGCUUGGUUGAAGACGGUGCUUGUGCAGGCCAGAAAUCUGGUCUGCUCAAAUGCUACAUCGGAUCAACAGCUGUGAUUCGUGAGAACACUAUUUACUUAUGUUGCCAAGCAAGCACACAUUAAGCCCCAGGUGGAAGCAGAUAUUUUGCACAUUAUUUCCUGUUGCCAUCUCAUUGUAAUAUAGUGUUGAUAUGAUUUUAUAUGAUGUAUCAUUAAGAGUUUUGUAUUUUUGGAAGUGUUUGCACGGCCUCACUUGUGUAAAUAAUGGUGCAGUAAAGUACAUUUCAUUUACGGA